AUGUCUGUUAAUGCUAUAGAUGACGAUUCACUUUUAAUCCUACUUCGUGAUGCUAUUGUACAACAUUCACCACAUAAAGAUAUUAAAUUUAUUCUUAGUUGUAAAGAACUAAAUAUUAAUGGCGCUGUUCGUCGUGGUCUUCGACCAUUACAUUAUGCUGUAUUUGAGAAUGAUUUUGAAUGUGUUCGUCUUCUUAUUGAAGAUUAUAAAGCCGAUGUAAAUGUCUUAGAUGAAGCUGGUUAUUCACCUAUACAUUUAGCUGCAAAAUAUGGUUUUAUUGAUAUCAUGCAUGUCUUAAUUGAUAAUGGUUCACUUAUUAAUUUUCAUAUUUCAAUAAAUAAUUCUCAAACAUGUUCAAUUCGUACACCAUAUUAUGAUGUUAUGAUAGAACCCUUAAGUCUUUGUUUAGAAAAUAAUCAUAUUGAAUGUGCACGUUUAUUACUUUUUUCUGGUGCAAAUGUUAAUCAACAAUAUUUUCUUGGUUAUGAAAUAAAUUUAUUACCAUAUGAAAAUCUUUCUUCAUUAGAAUUAAUACUUAAACAUGGUGCAAAUGCAAAUGCACUUUCACGUAGUGGUAUAACACCAUUAAUAAAAGCAUGUCGAGAAGGAAAUCUAGGUGCUGUUAUAUUAUUAUGUCGUUAUGGUGCAAAUGUUAAUUAUGUAACAAGAAAAUUUCGACAACGAAAUGCACUUCUUCUAUCGAUUGAAUCUAAACGAUGUGAUAUUAUUGAACAAUUAUUAAUUAAUGGAGGUUUUGUUAAUAAACAUCCGGAUUUAUGUAAUUCACCAUUAGAAUUAGCUAUUCGAAAAGAUCAUAUUGAUGCUAUACAAUUAUUAAUUGCUUUUGGUGCCGAUACAAAUGAAGAAACAAAUGAAGAUAAUGAAUGUACAAUACCAUUAAUUCUUGCUUGUCAAUUAUCAAAUUUACAAAAUCAAUAUACUAUUAUUAAAUGUCUUUUAGAAAAUGAUGCGCAACCAAAUCAUUCAGUUUUAUAUAAUCCUCAACAUUAUUAUCAACAUGUACUAUAUCGAACACCAUUAGUAACUUAUAUUAAACAUGCUCGUGAUCGACAAUUAGAUAUGAGGAUUAUUCGUUUAUUGAUUGGUUAUGGUGCUCGAAUAUCAUUUUCAAGAGGACGAGAUAGUGUUUUACGAGUUUUACGUCGUUUUCAAUCGAAUAAAUAUUUAAUUGAAUUACUUUGUGAUGCUGCUUAUUUAUUUCAAUCAAAUUAUAUUACUGAAUGUACAGAGCUUGAUGAAAAAAUCAAAAUGACUAUAUAUCAAUAUGCAAUAACACCGCGUACAUUAAAAAAUAUUACAAGAAAACAAAUUCGAACAUAUUUAUUUAAUUCAUCAAUGAAAAUACGUAUUGAUCAUGCUGUGAAAAAAUUAGAUAUAUCUAUUUUCUUACAACGAUAUUUACUUUUUAAUGAUGUUUAA